AGAUGAUCCCUCCUCCUCCAGAGCUGACGGAGUACGCGAGUGCUGCUCGAGACAGGAAGGACUGCUGAGCACUGAAUGCUAACAAGGGGGAGAGAGAGUACAUGUCCACGGCGAGCGGAAAGGUGGGGGGUUCAACAGCGAGAUAUGGAGAAAUACAAUUAACCUGCAAUGUGCCAACGCCAAAUUCACGCCGAUCACAACCAUCCUCACCACCGAUCAUCAUCCUCAUCCUCACCGCCACCAACAGCGCGAGCGUCCUCGUCUUUUUUCGCCUGAGUGAAAUGUAUCGGGACUGCAUGGGAUCUUUUUUCUGACAAUGGAGAUUGAGAAUAUCGUGGCCAACACCGUGCUGCUGAAGGCGAGGGAAGGAGGAGGAGGGAAACGGAACGGGCGGAGCAAGAAAUGGAAGGAGAUGCUCAAACUGCCUCAUAUAAGCCUCUGUGAGGAACUUAGACGCACUGUUGAGAGGGAUUACACUAGCCUUUGUGAGAAGCAACCAAUUGGUCGACAGUUGUUUCGGCAGUUUUGUGACACGCAGCCCAAAUUACAGCGGUGCAUAGAGUUCCAGGAUGCCGUGGCAAUGUAUCAGUUGGCUCCGGAUGAGAAGAGAAGAGACGUUGGUUUAAAUAUUUUAGACACAUAUUUUAAUAAUGGGUCGGCAGCUCAUCUACCAGAGAUGGCUCAGGAUGUGGUUGGGGAAUGCAGGCAGAAACUGGAACAGAGUCCCUGUAAAGAGCUGUUCCAGGAGUGUACCAGGAUAGUUCGUGAAUAUUUAAGCGGAGAGCCAUUCUCAGCAUAUCAGGAGACUAUGUACUUUUCCCGUUUUCUUCAGUGGAAGUGGUUGGAGAGGCAACCAGUUACCAAAAACACUUUUAGACACUACAGGGUAUUGGGCAAGGGCGGAUUUGGUGAGGUUUGUGCCUGCCAGGUUCGUGCCACUGGUAAGAUGUACGCCUGUAAAAAGCUGGAGAAGAAACGGGUGAAGAAAAGAAAAGGUGAAGCAAUGGCAUUAAAUGAAAAACGCAUUUUAGAAAAAGUUAACAGUAGUUUUGUAGUUAGUUUGGCAUAUGCAUAUGAGACUAAGGACGCUCUAUGUUUGGUGUUGACUAUAAUGAACGGUGGUGACCUGAAGUUUCAUAUCUAUAACAUGGGAAACUCGGGCUUUGAUGAACAGCGUGCCAUCUUUUAUGCAGCAGAGAUCUGCUGUGGCUUAGAGGACCUUCAUCGAGAGAGGAUCAUCUACAGAGACUUGAAGCCUGAGAAUAUUCUCCUUGAUGACCGUGGGCACAUCCGUAUUUCUGAUCUGGGACUGGCCGUCCAAAUUCCAGAGGGUGAGACGAUACGAGGGCGCGUUGGCACGGUGGGAUACAUGGCACCGGAGGUCAUUCAGAAUGAGAGCUACACCUUCAGUCCCGACUGGUGGGGUUUGGGCUGCCUGAUAUACGAAAUGAUUCAAGGACAGUCUCCUUUCCGUCGCCGCAAAGAGCGUGUGAAGCGAGAGGAGGUGGACCGCCGUGUAUGCGAGGACCAGGAGGAAUACACUGACAAGUUCUCUGAAGAUGCUAAAGACAUAUGCCGACAGUUGUUAUGUAAAGAUCCGAAGGAGCGCUUGGGGAGUCGAGGUUGUGGAGCGGCUGAAGUCAAACUGCAUCCUAUUUUCCGAAACAUCAACUUCAAGCGAUUGGAGGCCAACAUGCUAGACCCGCCGUUCUGUCCUGAUCCACGUGCUGUGUAUUGCAAGGAUGUUCUGGACAUAGAGCAGUUUUCUACAGUCAAAGGUGUAAACCUGGACCCUACUGAUGAUGACUUCUACCACAAGUUUGUAACAGGAAGUGUCUCCAUCCCAUGGCAAAAUGAGAUGAUUGAGAUGGAGUGCUUUAAAGAGAUUAAUGUGUUCGAGAUGGACGGAGCACUGUGUUCUGAUCUGGAUGUGAACAACCCAAAUCCAGCUCCCAAGCGAGGAUUCUUCUAUCGUUAUUCCGCCGAGAGGCAAGUGCUAGCGUGCCGCCCGCUGCAGUCAGAGGGGGUGGGGCUUGAGGUUUGUUUUAGGAGUGCCAACAGUGAGGAGGAGGAGCCAUCUUGACUUAAAACCACUCCCACUUCCCAUCAGCUGCCAGUCAGAAUGCUAAACGUAUGAAUGUUCAACUGUAUUUAUGAACUGUAUUAAACUGUAUCAUAAUUAAAGAAAAGGGUAUGAGUUUAAAGAAUUUUGUACAUUUGUACUUGAAUUAUGUGUAGAUGUAUAUUUUCACUAAAGGUUGUAUUGUACAAAAAGCCAUAGAAAUACCACUUGAAUGCAUAUAUAAUGUUUUUAUUGUUAUUAUUUUUCAUCUGUACUGAAUAUGAAAUGUGUGUUUCUUUUUAAGCACAAUAUAAACCCUCACUUUUAUUUUUUAAUGCUAACCUCCUGUUAGCACUGCCUUUGUUUGUAUGUUAGAUUGUCUGGCUGGACAGAUUUGGUGCACUUGUUUUGUACAGUGGGGUAAGAUAAAUGAACAUAAAGAAAGGAGUACAAAUGAUCUAUUCAUCAUUAUCGUUUCUAGUGGUCAGCUGAAAUGGGUUGAUGGCUGAUGGUCAAUUGCUGAUAAAAUGCUAUAGCCUAAAUAUACUGUACAGUGGGGUCCAAAAGUCUGACAACACUUAGCAAAAUGCUUCUGUUUUUUAUAUUUCUAAUUCAGUACAAUUAAAAAUUUAAAUACAAAUUAUAUGAUCAGCAUAACAAUUUGGGUAAAGGUUGAACUGAAAAUUAACCAGAAUAUUCAGAAUGUCAUAGUAUAACCAAAUUUGCUUAUUUGAUUAGUAAACUACAAAAAAAAAAAAAAA